AUGUCCUCCGAAUCCGUGCCCAAGCUCUUCCAGCCGAUUAAAGUAGGCGACAUGACACUAGCGCAUCGCGUCGUGCUCGCGCCUCUCACGCGCUACCGUGCUAACGUCGCUCAUGUACACGGUGAUCUCGCAGUAGAGUACUACUCGCAGCGCGCGAGCGUCGCUGGGUCAUUACUCAUUACAGGGGCAACAUUCAUCUCAGCGAAGGCCGGCGGAUACGCACAUGUGCCGGGCAUAUGGAGCGAUGCCCAGAUCGCGGCUUGGAAGCGGGUAACAGAUGCUGUCCACGCCAAGGGCUCGUAUAUCUACCUUCAGCUUUGGGCUCUAGGGCGGGCUGCAAAACCCGAAGAGCUAGAGAAGGAAGACCCGUCCUUUCCAUAUGUCUCCGCGUCGGAUAUCCAGCUGACAGGAAAACCGAAAGCCCCGCGUCCGUUGACGGAGGACGAAAUCAAGGAAUACGUACAGUUGUAUACAACCGCUGCUUCUAAUGCGGUCCAUGGUGCCGGCUUCGACGGCGUUGAGGUUCAUGGCGCGAACGGGUAUCUUCUCGAUCAGUUCUUGCAGGAUGUCUCGAACAAUCGCAAGGACAAGUACGGCGGAUCGAUCGAGAAUCGCGCCAGGUUCUUCUUAGAGAUUUUGACUGCAGUCACCGCCAAGAUUGGGGCACAGAAGACGGGCGUCCGCUUUAGUCCGUGGGGCCAGUUUCAAGACAUGCGUAUGCAGGAUCCCGUACCGACGUUCAAGUAUGUAGUGUCACAGAUCGCUGAGCUGUUUCCAGACAUUGCGUAUGUCCACUGUCGAACCUGUUUCAUUAAUUGUGAGGAAUAG